CCCUUUACGUAAAUCCCACAGAGAAUACUCUUUAGAGAAAGGAAGGAGCAACGCCCUGCAGGCGGAUGCGACUGGAACGUUCGCCCAGAUGCACCGUCCUCUGGCGAUUGUGAGGAAAGGCUGCUGCCACAGAACCCAGUUCAGGAAGGCCACCCCAGACCAGACACAAACUCUGGAUCUCUCGCUCCACAAUCACCCUCUACGUCGACCGCUACUAAUAUCCCACAACAUCUAAUACGAACGGAGAUCAAACCGCAAACAUCGACUGAAAAUGCCUCCAAGCAUCGUGAAGGACCAGAGAAGCCGCCAGACGAAGAUUCGCACGCUGCCGAACCGGGAGAAACUCCAUCCCAGCUGGAGGCGGGGGGCAGCGGGUGCAGGGAGAGCCCCCCAAUUAACGAACUGCCUUGCCACCCCUGUCCUCAACUACAGCUUCGGAGUUAUCGAUUGGUCACCUACGGAACUCCAAGCCAUCGAUCGAGCGACCAGAAAACUCCUGACCAUGCAUCACACCCACCAUCCGAAGGCUGCCGUCGAAAGACUCUACCUUCCGAGAUGCAAGGGAGGGAGGGGACUCAUCGAACUCGAGUCCCUCUAUAAGCGGACGACGUGCGAAGUCGCCAGAUUCAUCGAAAGGAAACAGGGACGGCUCAUUUCCAUCCUGAGAGAGCGCGAUGCCGGAGAUGCCACCCGCUUUCGAAAUGCACUCCAUCUCGAUGACGACUGCGACACGAGUGAUGUGAAGACGGCAGAUCGAGGACAAAGAGAAGCAAGAUGGAAGGAGAAUCCGCUUCACGGCCGGCAUCCCAAGAUCGUGGAUAAACCAUCGAUCGACUCGGACGUAAGCUAUAACUGGCUGAAGAAGGGACUGCUCAAUGCCGAGACGGAGAGCAACAUCCUAGCCAUUCGGGACCAGUGCAUUAGAACUCGUACCUACGAGAAGCACGUCCUGAAGCUGGAUGCGGAAGACCGCUGUAGAUGCUGUCAUGGACCACCCGAAACGGUUCACCACCUCCUCGGUGCCUGCCCCGAACUAGCCCCGAGGGAGUACUUGUAUAGUUCGGACGUCAGCUAUAACUGGCUGAAGAAGGGACUGCUGAAUGCCGAGACAGAGAGCAACGUCCUAGCCAUUCAGGACCAGUGCAUUAGAACUCGUAACUACGAGAAGCACAUCCUGAAGCUGGAUUUGGAAAUACCUAUUUCAAAAAAAGACAGAGCAGCCAUUACACCCGUGGUGGAAUCGGAGAGAAGGCAGACAGGAGCGUGGAAAACUUUCGAGUGUAUUCCUUGCGGGGAGGCGUUCGCAAGUUGUGGCGAUCAAAAACGCCACGCUUACGAACGACACAGGGAUACGACGAACGGCCACCCCUGCCUCACGUGCGAGGAAUGGUUCCCUCGACCGAGCUUCCUCGAACGUCACCGUCCCAUGUGUCCGCAGAUACUCAUUCAAGAAGGAAAGCUGUUGGACGAGGAGCGGCGGUCUCUGCAAUGCAGCCAAUGCCGUAAAACGUUCACGGCAUAUGAAAACCUGAUCAUGCACAAAAAAAAAUCCUCCCAUUUUUAUGGAGAAAAUUCGAAUUCGGCGCCGUCAGCUCAGCCGACCCUGACCCCGCCGCCCAGAUCUGUCAACACCGCACGCAAGAGUUCCAUGGGACUCGCCUGUAUUUACUGCCGAAAGGUGAAGGUAUCGAUCAAAGGGCGCUUACGCCAUGAAGAACACUGCAGCAAAAAGUACGUCAUCAAUGGUGUGAUCUCGGAGGAUGAGGCUCGCUCUAUGGCCUGCUGCGUUUGCAGGAAGAUAUACAGCAACUGCAAGGAUCUCAUCAAUCAUAAGACCGUUUCCCAUCGCCACAGGAAGAUCACGUCGAAAGCAUCGUCGAAGUCGUUCUGA